CGUUGUUUUCUCUCCGCUAGCUCCAACCUCCUAUCCCGCCGGACUGGGUGUUUUCAUGAGCCAAUUGCAAGAAGUUGGCUUCGAGCCAGACGGCAGCGCCUCGCCAGGGGUUGGGACGGGGAGUCGGUGCUGGGUUCUGGUGCUGCCGAGGGCUGCGGGGGAAGAGAACCGGCAAGUGGACAGCAUGUCGGUGGGUGGGACGAAUGGCCCGGCUGGCUGCCGGGAGAAGGUGCUGACCCUGGACUCCAUGAACCAGCAAGUGAAGAAGGUGGAGUAUGCGGUGAGGGGGGCUAUCGUACUACGAGCCAGUGCCAUCGAGAAGGAGUUGCAACAGGGCAUGAGCAAACCCUUCAGUGAGGUGAUCCGGGCCAACAUUGGCGACGCACAUGCCAUGGGGCAGAAGCCCAUCACCUUCAUCCGACAGGUGCUGGCUCUCUGCACCUACCCUCAGCUGCUGUGUGACCCUAACAUGCCUGAGGAUGCCAAGGCGAGGGCACGGAAGAUUCUGGAUGCCUGCGGUGGCCACAGCAUCGGGGCAUACACAGCCAGCCAGGGCAUCGAGGUCAUUCGGCAGAACGUGGCCAAGUACAUCGAGAAACGGGACGGGGGCAUCCCAUCGUGCCCUGACAACAUCUUCCUGGCUACCGGGGCCAGCGAGGCCAUCGUGACCACGCUGAAGAUGCUGGUGUCGGGAGAGGGGCGCGCGCGGACAGGAGUGUUGAUCUCCAUCCCCCAGUAUCCACUGUACUCGGCCGCCAUCGCUGACCUGGCCGCCGUGCAGGUCAACUACUACCUGGACGAGGAGGACUGUUGGGCGCUGAGUGUGGACGAGCUGCGCCGGGCCCUGCGCCAGGCCGGGAGCACUGUACUCCCCGGGUGUGUGUGUGUAAUCAACCCAGGCAACCCCACAGGCCAGGUGCAGAGUCGGCAGGUGAUAGAAGAUGUGAUCCGAUUUGCUGCAGAAGAGAAGCUUUUCCUGAUGGCGGAUGAGGUGUACCAGGACAAUGUGUACGCGGCUGGCUGCCAGUUCCACUCCUUCAAGAAGGUCCUGUUUGAGAUGGGCCCGGCAUAUUCGGAUCUAGUUGAGCUCGCCUCCUACCACUCAGUCUCCAAGUGCUACAUGGGAGAGUGCGGUUACCGUGGGGGAUACGUGGAGUAUGUGAACCUGGACCCUGGUGUGAAGGCGGAGCUGGUGAAGCUGGUGUCGGUGCGACUCUGUCCCCCUGUCAGCGGGCAGGCCGUGGUGGGCAUCAUCACUGACCCUCCUCAGCCCCACGAACCUUCCCACCACACCUUCCAGGAGGAGAGGCGGGAGGUGCUGGGUGCGCUGGCGGAGAGGGCUCGGCUGACGGAGGAGAUGUUCCAUGGUGUGCCCGGCAUCCGCUGUAACCCCGUGCAGGGAGCCAUGUACUCGUUCCCCCGCUUCGACAUCCCGCCCAAGGCCAUCGCUGCAGCUCAGGCGGCAGGACAGGUCCCGGACAUGUUCUUCUGCAUGAAGCUGCUGGAGGAGACGGGCAUCUGUGUGGUGCCGGGCAGCGGCUUCGGUCAGCGGGAGGGGACCUAUCACUUCAGAAUGACCAUCCUGCCCCAGACGGAGAAGCUGAAGGUCCUCCUCACUAAACUUAAGUGUUUCUACCGAGACUUUGUUGCCCAGUACUCCUAGUUCGUCAUUCAGGGCUAGCCCAGAGAGCUGGCACCAGCAACAUCGGGUGUCAAUGGGCAUCAUUCAGGGCUGGUUAUCGUUAUCGAUGUCCCCAGUAUGUCAGACAACUGGGCCUUUAUCUUUAUUUUGGCGGUGGCGGGGGCGUGCAUUCAAGAUUAAUGGAGACAGUGAGAGUCUGUGCAAUUUCAAAACUGUAUCAGUGCAAUAGCAAGGGUCAGAGGCUAUGUCUGUCUCUGCCCUCUGACCCAUGUCACCUGGAGCGGCACCCGAGUCCUGGCAGAGUUGUUGAACCCACUUCGCCAACCCUACCCUCCCAAAUCUGCCACCGUGGUGCUGCCAAUAAACUAACAGAUGUUAAGAGAUUA